AUGAAGGAAUUUAUAAAAGAAAUGGUUGGACAAACUUAUAAAGAGAAAAGUGGAUUUUUAAUUCAAAGAAUCAAUGAAGUAGAUGAAGAAAAAUUUGAAUGUUUUUUAAGCGAAUUAAGAAAAAUGAAUGUUCCUGGCAUUAUUCUUAGCUAUGCCAAAAUUCUUAAUACCAGAAAAGAUACCAUAUUGAAUUGGUACGAGACCUUUCCUCUGAAAUUCAUUAUGCUGGAUCCAACAAAAAACUAUGAAGACGCACAGCCAUUUUUUAACCGGUUAAAAAACUUACGCUUCAAAUUAGUUUUAUUAUUUACCAAAAAUCCAUACGAAUUAACCGUAAGCUACACGAUAAGAUUGUACGCUUCUAUAAAAUAUACCAACCUAAUUAUAGCGUACGAAGAUGACAAUGGAAAAGUUAGAAUCCAUACUGUUAAUCCUUUUUUGCGCUCACCUGAGGUGCAACUUUCUCUGAAAGAUGAAUUUUUUGCUGAAAAAGCCAGGCAUUUACAUGGAUAUACCAUAAAUGCCCUAGUGACAAACUUGGAUGUUACCAAAGUUAUAUUUCAAGAAAUGGAUGGCGUUAAAAGAUAUUUUGGAAAAGACGUGACAGCGAUUCAAACCAUUGUGAGUUUUCUUGGAGGAAAACUAAACAUUUUAAAUAUCGACGAUGUAAAAUUAAACCGGGAUGAAAAUCCUUGGAGCAAGGCUUCGCUCAUACAAAACAGUACAGAUGAAAAAGAAAAAAUUGUGAAGGAGUUUGAUGUAUCCAUUUUAAUUAAUUCUGAAAUGUUCGCCUCUGAUGAUUCUGUUUUUGAGAAUAUUUAUCCCCAUACAACAAAUAAUUUGCAUAUUGUUUCCAGGAAGGCUAACUCUUUAACGAGCUAUCAGAAUGUUGUUAACUCUUUUUCUGUUGGUUUAUCCAUUAUUAUAUUCCUUAUGCCAUUAGCAAUUUCUUUAAUAAUAAUCGUUACAACAAGGAAGAGGAGUUUUCUUUUUAUCCACAACAUAAUUUUUGAUUUUUACAGAAUAUUAUUAACAAACAUUUCCUUCAAUAAAUUGAUAAACCAACACCAAAGAAUCAUUGUCGUAUCGUUUAUGGCUUACACAUACAUUUUAAGUACUAUAAUACAAACUAAACUGACCAGCGUUUUCAGUAUCAAACCGCAAUCAACGGAUAUAAACACCAUGGAAGAAUUAUCACGACAUUUGAUGCCUAUUUAUACUUACAAACCCUAUUUGGAUGAAAUUAAAAAAUAUAAUGAAUCCAGCUUAUCUUCGAUCAUCGAUCAGAUUCGUAUUUACGAAAACGACAAGUUAAGUGGAACCAUUGAUGAUAUAUAUUAUUAUUUUAAUAAUUUCGCCGAAAUGUAUUCAUUGGAUGAUUAUGAUUCGGCUCUAUAUGUGCAGAGAUCCAGGAGAAAUUUUGUAAAUGGACGACCAAUGUAUCAUUUGAUGCGCGAAAGCAUAAUGCCGUCAUUUCAAUCCUUCAAAAUACGAUAUGGUUCACCCAUAAUCCCAAUGGUGCAUUCAGUUCUUCGUCGACUUAGCGAAGGGGGUCUCAUAGAUUUAUGGAAACGACAAACUAUUUUCGAGGCUGUCAUUAAAGGAGAUUUAUAUCCUGAAUAUUCAGAAAGUUACGAUACUGUCGAUACUUUAAAUAUUAAUGUUGUUCUAUUCGGUUUUGAGGCUUUGAUGGUAGGAUAUUUUUUUUUAGUGGUUUUUAUUGGAGAAGUUUUACUAAAUUGGUAA